UGCGCGCCGCUCCUCUCUCUGCCCAGGCGCCUGGGGGAAAAGCCCGUAACCGCCAGCUGGGAGAGCGAGGACCAGGUAGCUGGCAACGCCGAGCCCCGAUCUGGUCCUGCUUCCUUAAGGCAAGAUCGCCCCCUCCGCCGCACCUCCGGCCCAUCCCGGCCCCCCUCAGUCGCGCCCAGGCCCCCCAGGCCUCGCGCGCCGCCCACCUGUGGGAGUCCGCCCCGCUGCGACGGGGAACCUGUGGCGCCCUAGUGAUGGGAACCGUGCGCCGUUCCAGCCCCUCCGAGUCCCCUGGGGCCUCCAGACGGAGCCCUGGGUGGCUCUGAAAAGCCUGUCUGUUCCUUGUCGUCUUCUAAGAAGUUGGUGGGAUGGCAAAGCAGUACAUAGAGAAAGGACUUUUGGUUCCAGAUCACGUGAUCACACGCCUGAUGAUGUCAGAGCUGGAGAACAGGCGCAAUCAGCACUGGCUACUAGAUGGUUUUCCUAGGACAUUAGUUCAGGCUGAAGCCUUGGACAGAAUCUGUGACCUGGAUCUCGUGAUCACUUUGAACAUUCCAUUUGAAACGCUCAAAGAUCGUCUCAGCCGCCGUUGGAUUCACCCUCCCAGCGGAAGGGUCUAUAACCUGGACUUCAAUCCACCUAAUGUACACGGGGUUGAUGAUGUCACUGGUGAACCGUUGGUCCAACAGGAGGAUGAUAAACCUGAAGCAGUCGCUGCCAGGCUGAGACAGUACAAGGACGUGGCAAAGCCAGUCAUUGAACUGUACAAGAGCCGAGGAGUGCUGCACCAAUUUUCCGGAACGGAGACUAACAAAAUCUGGCCCUAUGUUUACACUCUUUUCUCGAACAAGAUCACACCUAUACAGUCCAAAGAAGCAUACUGAGCCCGCCUGGAGGAAGAACCAUGAGAAGUGGUCAUUCUCACAAUUGUGUGUGUAGUACUGGUGCCGUGUUUCAAUUAGAAGCUAGCUGAGGUAGCUUGCGUCAUUUCUAGUUUUAAGUGGUGAUCUGAUAUAAAAACUAAUGAGUAAAAAGAGUUGAUGAGAAGAGGCUGUUCUCUGACUUUCAAAACAAGGGUCAUCUAGACAUGUUGAAGAUGGCUCUGUACAUGUGCCAAGCCUUUCACAAGAAAGCAAGUGCAGGCUGGAUUCCAAACAGUGUAUAUCGUCAGCUCUAGCUGAUUUUUGACAGUCAUGUUGUUGCCAUAGUAGCAGCCUUUUUACCCUUGAUGGUGGUGCUCUCUGUUUUCUCCCCAUCCCCUAAAGGCUGUUGAACCAUAGCACCAGCAGGCCUGGGAAUGCCAAGGGCCGUAGCCUGGGCUUUAUCCCACGUUCUCUGGUAUACGCCCCUCUGGAGGCCAUGAGAUCGAAGCCAAUAGCUCUCGGUGGUUGCUUCUCUGAUUCUGAGUGACUGUAUCCACGUUUAUUUUUUCUGUUAGGAGAGCCUCCUUUUCUGAGUCCAUGCACCAUAGAAUCUCUCCUUUUCAGACAUCCUGGAAUGAAAGGGUUUGACUUCUGCUAUGUUUAUUAGGCUGUA